UAGAGCUAAGGCAGCGAGGGAGGGACACCAGGGUAUUGGAAGGUGCAAGGACGUGACAGCAUCCGAGGAGACGUGCUCAGGAUCAUGGACUCCUGGUGCCGGAGGAGCCUCAGUGGCCCUUCUGCCUGACCCCUCCUGGGCAGGGCUGGUGCUAACGGGGUCAAGGGGCUCAUCACGCAGCUCAAGGCCUGUCCUGGCCACACAAGCUGCUGUGAGACCUGUGCACCCCACGGCGUGGCCGGGGUGGGACGAGUUCCUGCUGUGGGCACGGGGACCUGCCCUGUCAUAGGCACGGCCCGGGCAAGCCUCCAGGGGCGGGGCUGGCGGGAGGGCUGAGGCUGACCACAGACCUGUGGCUGCGGCGCCCGUGGGGGAAGGGCUGCGGCCGACGUGGGUGCUUCGUUCCUUCUCUGGCCCUCACAAACCCCACAGACUACACGGGAUGUUUUAAAGUCUUUCCCUCGUGCUUGGGCUGCCGUGUGUUCAGCUGGACCAGCGUGUCUCCCGCCCUGGCAGGCUGCUUGCCCGGCUCUGGCUGCAGUGCUGCCCCCAAGCACAGCUUCCUGUUUGUGUUUCCGCUGGUGCUUGGCAUCAGUGAAGGGCCUUGACCUGUGAAGAGGGGAAGGAGGAAGCCCCUGGGUGAUGCCCUCAGGCUUUGGCAGAGCCCUGGCUGCUCUGAGUGGUGCCAGCAAUGCCACUUCCUGGACAUGCCGACCUUGGUGGUGCCCGGGCGGGGUGGGGGCCGAGGCUCAAGCCCCGCUGGGAGGAGUGUAGCACUCUGUUCAGGGGAUGAGCUGGGCUGAGAGCCAGGGCGGGGCCCCCUCCCCUCUGCAGAGGCUCCAGGUGGGCGAGGGCAGGUUCAGAGCCAGCCUGGUAGCCCUGUUGCCUCCCUGCCCCGAGCCAGUCCCUCUCCUAGGAGGCCCGGCCGUCCUCAGGAGGGGCUGCCCCCUUCUUGGCUCCAGGGCACAUCUGGGUGUCCCUGGACACCAGAUCAGGACUUAGGUUGCACCAAGAGAGACCCCUUCCCCUGCCCAGAGGUGUCCCUGCCUGUCCAGCCCCUGACCACCCACCCAGAGACCUUGCUGGGAGCUCCUUCUUUUUGCAGCUGAGGAAACCGGAGCUCAGCGGUGCAGUGACUUGGACUGUCAGGGGCUGGGGACAGGUCUGUGCUUGCCGCAACUCCAUGGCUGCAGGGUACCGAGGGGACGGGCGCUUGAGAUAGCAUCACAUUUGUUUCAUUAUUCGUCUUUUCUUGUUAUUACGAAAGUUUUGAGAAUCGUGCAGCAGCAGUGAAACCAAAGUGGCCUGGGCAGUUGUGCGGUGUCUGGGCUUCGGCCAGAGCUCGUCCACCUGCAGCCUCCCCGCGGCGGCUCCUCCGAGGCACGUCCCAGACGCCGGAUUGUUUGUCCCGUAAACACGUGUCUCUGAGGGGUGUAGACACGUUAAAACAACAGAAGCCAAGCUGGCCUAGUUGCUUAGCGCUGCACCAUCCACCCAGGCAGUUGUCAGGCCAACGGGCUCAUUGUUUCCAGGCGACUUUCUCAGGUCGGGGUCCAGCUGCGGCCCCUGCCGCCUGCCCGAGGCCUGUUUCCCUCGCAGCGUCUGUGAGACAGCCACGUGUGACCUGCAGCCUUUCCACGCUGGGCACGUGCUGGCUGUCCCUGUCAUGUGGUCAGCGCGCCCAUCGGCUGCUGUGACUCUGUGUGAGGCUCCAGGUUUUGGUUUGAAUGUUUUAACAACCCCGGGAGGUGGUGACAUACCUGUCCACCAGGAGCCGUACAGAGUCUGGUGACUUUGUGAACACAUCGCGCCUCUUUGGCUCCGUGGCUGAGCAGGUCCACGAGGAGCCCCGUGGAGGGCAGGGCACGUGGCCAGUGCUCAUGUGACCACUGGUCCCUACCCCAGCCUCGCCCACCCCGGGGGUCUCACCGAUGCUGUGUGUGUCCCUGUUCCACGGUGUGUCUCCUUCCUCCGGCUCCUGUGCCCCACCCCCUCCCGUCUCCAGGUUUCUUCCUGCGGGCGACAGUGAAGACCUGAGUGUGGCCGGCGGCCUCGUCGGGGCCUCCCACGCGGCUGCUUCCGUGUUGUGUUUCUGUCUCUUUUCUCUUAAACUGGGGAACGUCUCAGCUCCGCGUGACGGUAGCCAGCUUGCUUUCCCCGACUCUGUCGUCUGUGCUGACAGCUGCACUAACGUUGUCACCCGCAGUGGGAUGACUAAAGGGGUUGGGGGUUUCUUUGAAGUGGGUUUAGUGCAAAGGCCCUGGGGUCCGUGCCCCUGACAGCAGCCACGUUACUCUGCCCUGAAAUGUCCUCUCUCAGGAGCUCUGCGCAGCUUGGUGCACGAUUCGCUGCUUUCUCUGUUUGCCCACAGUGCUGGGUGACGACUGGGGCCCCCCUGGCCUGCUCUGGCCCCCGUGCCACAGCAAGGCACCCUGCGUGCCCUUCUCUGCGUGUUGCUCCUGGCGAGUGCCCCAGCGCACUGCGGCUGCCAGCUGCUCUCCGCCUGGGCCCUGCCCGAAAGGACCCUGGGCCCCGCCAGCCUGUGGUCGGCCAGAGGCGGCCCCGUGCCAGGCCGGGGCUCCAGGUGAGAGGCCACCUCUCCUGUCUCUUCAGGCUUCCGCCUUCCGUGCAGGCGAGCCUCCUGACUCGCCACCCAGCCAUGGAGGGGGAGGAGCAGCCACCGCAGGAGGCUGACGUGGAGCCUGUGGUGACGGCAGAGGGCUCGGGGCCCGUGCCCAGGGCACUCUCUGGAGAACCCCACAGCCUGUCCGAUGUGGACGCCUUCAACCUGCUCCUGGAAAUGAAGCUGAAGCGGCGGCGUGAGCGGCCCAACCUGCCACGCACCGUGACGCAGCUGGUGGCCGAAGACGGCAGCAGGGUGUAUGUGGUGGGCACGGCCCACUUCAGUGACGACAGCAAGAGGGAUGUGGUGAAGACCAUCCGGGAGGUGCAGCCCGACGUGGUGGUGGUGGAGCUGUGCCAGUACCGCGUGUCCAUGCUGAAGAUGGACGAGAGCACGCUGCUGCGCGAGGCCAAGGAGAUCAGCCUGGAGAAGCUGCAGCAGGCCGUGAGGCAGAAUGGGCUCAUGUCGGGCCUGAUGCAGAUGCUGCUGCUGAAGGUGUCGGCGCACAUCACCGAGCAGCUGGGCAUGGCCCCCGGCGGCGAGUUCAGGGAGGCCUUCAAGGAGGCCAGCAGGGUGCCUUUCUGCAAGUUCCACCUGGGCGACCGGCCCAUCCCCGUCACCUUCAAGAGAGCCAUCGCCGCACUCUCCUUCUGGCAGAAGGUCAAGCUGGCCUGGGGCCUGUGUUUCCUCUCAGACCCGAUCAGCAAGGACGACGUGGAGCGCUGCAAGCAGAAGGACCUGCUGGAGCAGAUGAUGGCCGAGAUGAUCGGCGAGUUCCCCGACCUGCACCGCACCAUCGUCUCCGAGCGGGACGUCUACCUGACCUACAUGCUGCGCCAGGCCGCCCAGCGCCUGGAGCUGCCGCGCUCCUCUGACGCUGAGCCCAGGAAGUGCGUCCCCGCCGUGGUCGUGGGCGUCGUGGGCAUGGGCCACGUGCCCGGCAUCGAGAAGAACUGGAGCACCGACCUCAACAUCCAGGAGAUCAUGACCGUCCCCCCGCCGUCCGUCUCCGGCAGAGUGUCCCGGCUGGCUGUGAAGGCCGCCUUCUUCGGCCUGCUGGGCUACGGCCUGUACUGGAUGGGCCGCCGCACUGUGAGCCUGGUCCUGUCGCUGCCGGCCGCGCAGUGCUGCCUGCAGAGGGCGGCCGCGGCCCCACCGCACCGGUAGGAAGCACCGCCGGGGAGCCACCGCAGCCGGGUGGGAGCUGUUCCAGUGGCCGCCGAGGGCUCCUGCGGAGCCGGUAGCGCCCGCGGACGCACCCUGAGCACUAAGCCCACCUGAGGGCCCUGCCAACCCCCGUGGGGGUCCAGGCCGAGCCGCGCCUGCAUCCCCUGGCCCACACCACCCAAAUAAAGGAUUGUUGAACUGUCUGAGCCGAGGCUUCCCAGCAGCCCCCUCCUCACCUCCCCCACUCCUGCCACAGGGGCCACACGCUGGUCAGGGCCGGAUGGCCCAGCCCCCGGGGUGGCAGGGCUGGGGAGGGCUGAGGCGCACAGCACCCCUCUGGCAGCCCUGGUGGCGGGUGUAGCCAGCCAGCCGCUGUCCCCUACCUCACUGUGCCUUGUGCCCUGGCCCAGGCGUGUCUCACGGUGGGUUCCGGGGCCAGGCGGUUUGGGAAGGGCUGGGUGGCCGCGGGAGCACUGGCUGCACCCUGGGCUCGGCCCGCAGAGCUGCUGUGUUCUUGGCUUUUUAAAAUGUCUGAAAAUCUUUACUCAGGUAAUUUUAACUUCAAAGAAAAAACAAACUGAAGCAAAUGUCAGGAAAUACAAGCCUUAAAUCUGAUUGGGACAAAAAGGAAUUCUCUUUUUUGGGGUCCCUGUCCUGAGAAGGUCAGCCCUGGGGUCCCGGCUGGCACCUGCUUCCUCUGCCUCCAAUGCGGGUGCAGAGGGGCCGCCUGGCCCUCACUGGACAGACGGCUUUGGGGGGCCACAGCCUCGGGCGGUGGGGGCUGCCUGCCGGGCGGCGUUCCCCUGUGGGUCCGGCCCUCCCGGCGUCUCUGCAGGACUCGCCAGCUGUGCAGCCCCCGCCUGGCCCGGGCGAUCCCUGGUCACCUCUGUUGACUCCGAUCAGGUGAAACCCACAGCUGUGAGCCCGGUGGGGCGCAGGGCAGCCACACUUGUGGAUUCAUUCCUUAGAAACUGAAAUAAAUUCUAAUUUUGGAA